UUCCCAGAUUUCAAACUCAAACUACUAGUAUGUACCGCUUUCUGAUGGUCGCCUGGCGGCCCGCUUGACCAGCCGCCAUUGUGACUGUACUGAACCACAAACCGUUCGACCGGCACAUGACGUAUCCAUCACCUAGGCCUGCCUCACCACUCUCCAUCCAUCUUCAAAUUGCAACAUUACACGCAGUCAAGCAUCCCCGUUCUCGCAGCUAUAUUUAGCCAGACCAGCAGCCGCACAUUUGUAUCAUUUUCACAUUUCACUCUGUCCAGCAUAAGGUAUACCGGCAAUAUACCACCAUGCUGCAGCGCGGAUUUUUACUUCAUCUCGGUAUCACAUUCCUCGCCCUCCACCAAUGCCUGGCCGUCCCGAAUGAUCCCGCUGCCAAAUCCCCCAACGGACAGGAACCGCGCGCCGGACCCCAAGCUGGCAGCGGAGGGGCGCCCCAGUCCAACAGCCCGACGACAUCGCUCUUUGCCACGACCUUUAAUGUCAGCCCCAACGGCCGGGUAUCCGGUCUGAUGGCCAACAUGGGCGCUCCCUUCCCGCAGCGCCUCUUACCACCGAACCGACCGGGACCGCAGCUGGGACUCUCAGGAGCCCUCCCGGGAGCAGCGCAAGGAGCGGCCGGUGGGAAAAACGCUAUGCCGGAUGCCAGCGCGCUCAUCCAGGCCCGGCAGAUGCAGAAUGAUUUUGUCCAGAUGAACAACAUGAUGAAUCCCAUGAUGAACCCCAUGCUGCAGGGCCGCAACUUCCCGCCGAUGCCGCCGGGAAUGCCCUUUGGGGCCAUGCCGCAACGUAUGCCAACCGAUCCUGCUGGCGCCGGUGCCGGAGCCGAUACGAGCGCGGCAAAUAAUAUGAAUAUGUUUAACCGCAUGCCGGGUGGCGGUUUUCCCACCGGUCGACAGGAUCUGGGAGCGGCGGCCGCAUUUGGGGCGGCAGCCAUGGCCAGCCAGUACCGGCCCGUGGUCAGCCCGACCGGAGCAUCGUACAUGGAGGGAUUAAUGCCGCAGUACCGACGCCCGAUCGCUGGUAAUGAGAUCCCGGAGAGCCGUGGUAUGUACCCAGGAUCGUAUCCGGGAUACGGUGGAUAUGACAAAUAUUCGGCCUACUCCAAACCGGCUCAAGCAGUGGUUAUUGUAACUGGACCGUAUGGCGUCAGUGGAUUGGUGAAUUUGACACAGUACUCUCCCGAUGCGCCGGUAGAACUCAGCGGAAGGAUUGGCGGCGUUCGACCAGGUGACCAUGGAUUCCACGUCCAUACCUUCGGAGAUUUAAGCAUGGGAUGCGAGUCGGCUGGUUCGCAUUUCAAUCCUGAAGGUAACUACCACGGAUCGCCCGAUGAUGCACACAUGCAACCGCAUGCAGGAGAUCUGGGAAAUGUCCGAGCGAAUGAAUACGGCGAGGUCAUUGUCACCGUUUCGAGCCCGCUCAUUUCCUUGUAUCCACAAUCGCCUUCCUUUGUCAUUGGCCGGACGUUGGUUAUCCACGAAAAGCCCGAUGACCUUGGACGGGGCGGCGAUCAGCAGAGCCGCGAGACCGGAAAUUCCGGUGCACGCAUUGGAUGCGGCAUUAUUGGCUUUGGCCCGGCUGCCAGCUAUUAACAUGCCCCGCCAAUCGGCCCUUCUUCUCCAAUAUGCAACGUGAUAAAAACAUUUUGUUUGUCCACUGGCUGGCGCCCAUUUUUGUAUAUGUUGUUGUAAAUAUUUUCUAUGCAUCUAACUGUAAAAAGUUGUCGGUAACUUUUAAUAUGAUUAACGAAGAUGCAAAUCGGUACAUACAAUGAAUUCUCUCUGAUCUGUAAAUACACUCGUACCGAUGUGAAAAUGAAAAAAAGUUCUAUGGAUGAAUAAAUAGCAAAC